AUGCCGGAGCUGACUGACACCAGCCCUGGAAACGAAGCUGUAGCCGCGAGCGACGGUCAGACUGGACAUUCUGAUGCCGGUUCGUCUAUAUUGAACCAAGAUGGAUCGCUCCACUCCAUUUCUCGUGAUCACAUUGAUCCGAUAUACCAGCACGACUCGGGACACACUCGUGACGACGCCCGGGAAUCCCUUGCCAGGGCAAGCAAGGCUAAAGGACCUGAUUCGCUGCGUCGGUCUCAGGCUUGCCUUGCGUGUAGGAAGAGGAAGCUCCGAUGUGAUGCAAAGAAGCCUACGUGCACUCGUUGCGAGAAAGCUUGGCUUGCAUAUCACUCCGCUUCCAAUGAGGCUUCCUCUUCGUCCAGCGUCGCGCCGCCUUGCGAAUACGAUACGUCUAUCCUGGCCAGGAUUUUCAAGCGAAGCAGCCCAGAGGACUCUACGCACGCAUCGAUUUCACAACAAUCACCAUUCGUGGGUCACCGCGAUGCCGACGUGACCCGAGACAAUCGACUCACCGACAACGAACAGCUCCGCGCCCAGAUCUCGCGUCUUCAAGAACAACUCCGACGUAGCGAGGCGAUCGUCAACUCACAGUCGACGAGAGAGAGCUCGAUCGCGGGCGUCGAUCCACGCCAAUCCGCCACUUUGCCCUCCCAACCUACCGUGACGUCCUCUUUGGAACGUGCUGGAGACCGGCGAAGCGAUGGGCUCUCUUACAAGCGAUCCAAGUAUCUACAUGACGAUGGAGAUGCAUUGGAAACGAGACAAGGAAGCCAAGGGCCCUCAAUGUACGACUCCGCCCAGGCGCUGACAAAAUCUCGUGACACGGGAUCCGGGUCACCAUGGCGGCAAAUGGACGAGAAGGCCGCAGAUCGGCAGGCUGCCCAUCGCGUCUCGGCUCCUUCUUCUUCGGUUUUGAGCUGGAGGGAAUCCAUCACCGAAUCCGUUUCGGCAAUAACCAGCCGUUCGGCGCCGCCGCACCAUGGCCAAGACUCCAGCAUGCGCUCGAAUCACGGCUCUGCUUUCGGGUCCGCAGUCCCGCCGGUGCCCAGCAAACAGGUGUUGGACCGACUCAUCCAGGUUUGCCGCUACGAGUCCUGGCUAUUCUCGGCUAUCAACAGCUACGCGCUGACCGACGUCGCUGCUCUUCUAGAGACAGUACCGAGCCCUGAAGAGGAGCGCUUAGUAGCGCAAGCUCUGAUGCUGUCAUGCGUGGCGACCGGCUUGCCGCUGCUAUCUUCGACGACGACUACAGGUAUCAGCUUCUCAUCAGCCUGCCAGACAAUCAAUGCGCUUCUCAGAUCCCAAUCGCAUUCCGACCUCCCCAUCCUCGACAGUCCGGGAUGGAUCCCAGCAGUCACAAAAAUCUACGCCAACGGUGCGCGCGGCUUGCUCCAUCAAGUCACCACGAGGUCACCUGGAAGUCUUUCGCCUGCCUCUUUCAUGGUUCGCCUUCUGCUCGUCGAGCUCUCCCAAUCUCAAUCGACUACAUCCUCGUCGCAAGCGGACCUUGCUUUGGCAGUCGCCGACGCUCGUCUGUUACAGCUCUACAGCAGUGCCUCCAACGCUCACCCGCGACUUUCGUCAGGCGUCUCACAACCAUCGAAUCUCGCCAGAGCACUGCGCGGGCUGAUGCAGAGCAGAGAAGAGACACUUGCUUUUUGGAGUCUGUUUGUGCACGAUUGCUUUCAAAGUCGCCUUGCUCUACUUCCCACCACUUUGGAGAGACAGAGCAUCCACAGAGCUUUUCCUCGACAGAAAUACAGUGACGCCAUCAACCCGUCACAGCGUAGCGCAGACCAAGCGGAAGCGAGUCUGGGACGACAACGCCGUGUUCCAACAUUCCAUGCAUCGGAUACCUCGAUGUCGCUACUCGUCAAGGUCAGCUUAGUGCUGGACGAAUGCUACAGCUAUAGCGUCGCCGAGCGUCAGUGGAAUCGUUCAUCGGAAGCAGCUCAAGAUAGCAGUCUGGGCGGCUCAAGGCAAGAUCGCGAUGAUGCCUUUAGAGCCGCACAUGAAAGUAUUCGCCACUCGAGAGUGAUGCUGUCCCACUACGACGAGCGCCUGCUAUUGCACUCGGACGCGUCUGUCGGUGACCGUGCCGGCGGCGGCUCUCGGUCGCGCGACGGGCUAUUGGCGACCUUGAUGAUGCAGGACAAAAUACGCUUUGCGGCAGAGGUGACGCAUCAUCUAGCUGUACUCGGUCUGUUCGAGACGGAGAUUGACAUCAUGCAGCCAUCUGCUCGAGGCGACGAUGAGGUUCGAAGCAGGAUCUUGAACGCGGCGGUCUGGCUCUCACGCCUUGCGGGUAUGGCUCUGCAGGAUGCGAGUUUUCUUUUCAGCUUUCCGUCCGUGUGUUCGGUCGGCUUUUUCAUUGCGGCUAGGUGGAUGGUGAACCUUCAACUUGGCAGCAAGGACGAGCUCGAAACAGAUAUUUCGACGCUGACGGCGGUCCUCAGGGAACGCGGCCAGCUCUAUAGCAGAGAUGGUGAGUAUUGCUGCCUGUCCUGGUCACUCGUGGUACGAGACGAAGCGUCGACGACACUUGUUUGGCUGCUCUGCACUUGA